AUGGCGGCUACCGAACAUUCCGGUAUCAGCCUUAUGAGCCAAUACAAUAUCGUUUUACCGAAAAGGCAGGCAUUUGACUCUUCCGGCAAACCUAUACCUGUAUGCGACCCCGAUCAAUGUGCUUGGGCGAUAAAGGGGGAGGAUAUCCCCGUCGAUCUAAGCUCGUUUUGGCAUCGCAGAGCAGUCAUUCGUGGGAUUCGUGAUUCACUUCAAUUUGCAACAAGCCCGGCAAUUAUUGAGCUAUGCUCCGGCGACGAUGAUCAGGCCCAUCGAUUUUCCCGCGCCCGCAAUGCUCGCCUGAUAAUGAGUAAUAUAAUCCCCGAUAUGCAAAAUCCUGCCACUCAGCCGUACUGUAUAUGGUAUCCCGAGCUUGCAUCAGAAGAAACAUAUCGCGAAGUUGCCCGUCAGUAUCCGUCUUUGCGGUAUCAAGUAGGCCGAGCGUGUGCUGCAGCAUGCUAUACAGAUCUUUACAAAGAACUGGACCUUUUGCCUGAUGUCUCUAUUGCGGAAGAAUCCCGCGAAGUUGACAAAGACGCCGCAAUCUACAAGAUUAUCAUGUCCGCCCCCCAACGAUAUGUUGUCAUGGAAGAUUUCUCUCGAUCCCGAGUGAAGCCCCGAUGGGCUUUGUUAGGCCUGAAGGGGCAGCGAGUUGACCCUGGUAAAAAUCUACCAGAGACGACUGCUGAUGAUAUUGACAUCGAGGAAGAUGGAUUUAUCGGCUUGCAAGAUAUCAACUUGGAGGAUAUUAGCGAGGACUUCGCUAAACUGGGCCCAGGCCAGUCCGAUCAAUUGUGGAUGCCUCUUCCGCCUGAUCUCCCAGUUCUCGAAAAGCGUCUCCAGACACAGAUGGCCGCGUGGGAAGGCAAUGUGGAUCGAUACAGUCGACUAAUGCAUCCACGCAGGCUGAGAACCAAAGUUGAAUAUAAUUGUGUUCUUCGUGGCAUUUAUCACAGUACAACCUUUGCCAGAUGGUGGGCCUAUCAGCUAGAAACAAACCCGGGACGGGCUAUCCUCCCAGGUAAAUUGCUUAGCCAAGGCAAUGAACGGGAGUGCAAGGAGAUUCGCACUGCGAUUAAUGCCCGCAUGAUAAUGAACAAUGAUAUCUCUGGUAUCGACGAUGACUCGGACUGCCUCCCGUGGGUUAUAUGGCUGCCCGUGAAGCCCUCUGCGACAACUUUAGGUGAUCUGGUUCGAAAGUGUCCGUCCAUGGGACACCAAAUUGCGAUCACAUUUAUAAUGUGUGAUUACGAAGGCAUGUUCCGGAGUCUGAAGCCCCCCCUACACCAAAUCAUUGAAAUCAUGGAGCACGACAUAACCCCCCCGGACUUUCACGACUUCAAGAACUUUGAUCGCAUUGCACCAGGCUUACAGACUGAUCUGGAGCCUAGAGAUUCUGUCACUGGUCACACUGUCAGCUACUAUGACAUGGAGCUCGGGUAUGGGCAAUAUCCCGGUGCAAAUGAAUUCGAAGAAACUCCAGGUACAUAUGGAGGCGGGCUAGCGAGUGCGGGAAGGGUGGAGACAUACAUGUGGCUCUCAACUGAAAUGGCACAGAGGUUAAAAGAUGAACUUGGGGUGCUGCUCUGGGAAGGUGCGGAUAUUGGUCUUUUGGAUGGCGAUAGUGAACUUUAUUCCUGGUCUUCACGCCGUAUACAGCCCAUGGAUUCCAAGGUUGGUAGUAUGUAG